CCCUGGUAUGAGGUGGUAUUUUUCAUACCAUAUGGUAUUGACUGGUAAUAACUGGAAAAUUUUUUUUGUUCCAAAAAAUAUCAAAGUGGAUAUCAUUUUGAAUCGUUACCAACUCCAUACCUUACUAUACCACCCUGGUAUUAGGUGGUAUUUUUCAUACCAUAUGGUAUGCUGUUAACUGGUAAUAACUGGCAAAUUUUUUUGUUCCAAAAAAUAUCAAAGUGGAUAUCAUUUUGAAGAGCACAAUUAAUCUGAUCUAACUGUGCAAAAAAAUUAAAUUUUGAGUUAAAACGAGUGAGAAAUCGUCCGUUAAAGAUUAAGGGAAAGAAAAUUAAUGAUUUUUCCAGGAGAGAGAAGGAACUGCUGAUGUGGCAGAUUCUUAUUGGGUUAGGCAUGGGGUUACUCACCACAAGGUUACUCACCGGAUCUGCUCCUCUUGACAAGGUCGAUUUCCAGGUAGGUGCGGGCACCUGCACCGGUAGUGCUUCUCAUUCUUUUUUUUUUCUUCUAAUUUCUGGUGAUGAGUUCCUUUGGAGUGUCGACGUCUCUUCUAGCCCAGGGUGUUCCAACGAAACCCUGGCAGAUCUAAUUGGCAUUUCGGAAGCAAACAUGCUUACCUACAUGAAGCUGGAGGUUUACAAGGGGGUUUUCGGAUGCCUAUAAUCGUUCGCGAGUAAGGCUCGAUCGGAUGGAAGCAUAGCCUCAUAGGGCAGUUUCUUCAUCAGAAGCCGGAUCUUGCGAUUCUUCGCCGAUGGGCGAAUAAGAUCUAAGAGGCGCGAUGGGCCGAUGAUAGUUUCUCUUCUGGGUGAACAUUGGCUUUUGAUUCAAUUGCCUUCGCAAGCGACAUGCGACUGGAUAUUGGAGAGUAGCAUGUGGUUCUAUCUUGACAAUCUCCUCUAUCACCGCCCCUUGGCGCCUAGGAUUGACGUGGAAGACCUUGGCAGGAAAGCUCUCCCUAUUUGGGUUCGUUUUUCCAAUCUUCAUCUUGAAUAUGUUAACUACCAAGGUCUUUGUCGGGCUGCUAGCUGGAUUAGAGUGCCUCUGGGUGUUGAUCAAACCACUAGAACAGAGUUCAGUUGGGGUAUGCGAAAAUUCUUGUUGAGCUGAGAGUUGAGGGGGAAUUUCUGGAUCAUGUGUUGAUUUAGCCUAAUGAUGAUACUUCUAUUAGGGUUGGUGUUUCUUAUGCUCACCUCUUGUGUGUAAGUCGUGUGAAAUGUUUGGCAUUUGUGAAUGUCAUAAGCAGGUCUAGAUUAGGAAGGAAUCUGCUCAGGGUCCAAAUGCUCCAAUCGUGUCAGAUGUGGAUAAGGUUGCAAUGGUUCAGGACAAGGGUAAGGAGGUUAUGGUCUGUUCACAGACAAAUCCAAGGAUAGGGUGGCUCUCCUAUGCAAGAGGUUAAUCUUGAGAAGAGCUUUGCUGCUGAAUGUUCCUCUUCUGUCCUCCCCUCAGAAACUGAGUUUCAGCUAGUGGUCAAUGGUGCUCGUCCCAGAAUCUGGUCUCCUCAGGCAAGCCCUACAAGUGUGCUACAGCUAUCUCAAUCAUUUGAUCUGUUAAGAAAUCUGGAUGAAGGUACAACUGUUAUUUUACAGGCAGCUCUUAGGAAAGAUGGAAAGAAGGGAGGGGCUUCUGCCCUCCACUUCCAAAUGAUAGUUUUAUUUCUAAAUGUUAGAGGGUUCGACAAACCCUCUAAGCGUAAGAAUUUGUUUUCUAUCCUUAGGUAGAAUAAAGUAGAUAUGGUAGCUAUUUUGGAAACUAGAGUUAGAAAGAAUAAAGCAUAUGAGGUAUCUGAUGGUUUUUGUGAUGGUUGGAAGAAGCAUUUGAACUAUGUUGACAGUGAUCUGGUUCGAAUCUGGUUGUUUUUGGAUUCGGAGAGCCUUGAUUUAAGGGUUUAGUACCUAGCAAAAAAUUUGUUCAUUGUUUGGUAAAGUUAGUGCAGGGUAAAAGCAGUUUUAUUACUGUUGUUUACGGGUCAAAUGAUGAGCUGGAAAGGAGGGCUACUUACACUAAUUAAAUUAGCAAAGGUAAAAGUGAGUAGUCAUCCAUGGUUAAUUGGGGGAGAUUUUAAUGCAGCUUUGAAGCCAGGGGAAGUCUCCAGGGUAUGUGAAGCUACGAGUAUGGAAGAUUUUGGUAGGUGGGUUGCCGCGAUUGAAUUAUUUGAUCACAAAGCUACAUGGCCAUUCUUCACUUGGACAAAUAAUUAGGAGAGGAACCAGCUUGCAAAGAAGUUGGAUAGGGCACUUGUCAAUGAGAGUUGGUUUGAUCAGUUCCCUGAAUGUAUGAUUGAGGUUAAGCCAGUUCCUUUCUCAGACCAUUGUGGGAUUUUGGUAACUUCAAAGUCGGUCCAGAAAACCCUUCCAAAGCCCUUUAAAUACUUAGACUUUUGGUCUAGUAAUCCUUCAUGUAUGCCACUGAUUCAAGAAACAUGGGAUACUCAGAUGGAAAAUCAUCCAAUAAACAGAGUGAAAACAAAGUUGAAUUUGGCAAAGAAAGCUCUCAAGAAGCUCAACAAAGAUGAAUAUUAUAAUAUUAGUGCUAAGGUAAAGGAUACUGAGUGGGCAUUGUUAUCUGCACGUUCAAAGGCCUUUGAUGCUCCUUCUUAGGAGACCUUUGCUCAGGUCUUUGUACUUCAAGCUCAGUUGGAUGAGUUUCAGAAGGCAGAAGAAGGAUUGUAUAAGCAAAAAUCAACGGUGAAUUAUUUGGAUCUCGGAGAUAAAAGCACUAGAUAUUUUUAUCAAGCAGUAAAGGUUUAUAUGGCUAAAAAAGCAAUAAGGAAGCUUAUUACUGCCAGUGGGGAAGAGAUUACAGAUAUGGACAGAAUUAUAGAGGAGAUGGUGGGCUUUUAUCAAAAUUUGUGGGGCUAGAGAUCCGUUAGUGAAGCCAGACUGUUCUCGAUUGGAGUCUUUGGUGAAAAACAAGCUUGGACCACUAGAGUGCUUGAUUUCUUCGCCUUAGAAAGAUUAUCAGGUAGUAUCAAUGCCACUAUUGUCUCUCUUUUGCCUAAAGUUCCAUCUGCUUGUGCUCUUAAAGAAUUUAGACCAAUCUCGUGCAUUAACAUCUUAUAUAAGAUAAUUGCAAAAGUGCUGGCCAAUCGUUUAAAGAAGGUUCUGUCAAAAUUAAUUAGUGGUAAUCAAUCGACUUUCAUAGAGGGUAGAAGAAUAGUAGAAAAUAUCCUUAUGGGUCACGAGUUAAUCAAUGGUUAUCAUAAAAAGCAUCUUUCAUCACGGUGUGCUAUAAAAGUUAAUCUUGUUAAAGCUUUUGAUUCGGUCAGUUGGUGACUUGCUAUGACUCAACUCCUAACAAUGGCCAAGUGUAACCAAUGAAAGGGACUGCAGUAUAGUGGCUCAAGUAAUAAAUAUAGAAUCCAUGGGUCUCUAGAGUUACUAUUACUCAGCUUCAGUUCAUUAUCUAGCAAACCAGAUUAAGCUGGAAGAACUAAAACUACUCUAACAAACUACAGUUAAAGUU